CACAAUCAGAACCCUCAUCCGAAACCACGGGGUGGGGGGGAGUGAAGGGCACGCCGUCUCGGCAGCGACCACCUCCAGCCUCUCUUGCUUGACGGGGUCCAUUUCCUGCCGCUCGGCCAGGGACAGGAGCUCGCCCGUGUGGUCCAUCCACAACAGAGUUUAUGAUUUGGUGGGAAGAGGAGAAAGACGCUCACCUUGCUCCGGCUGCCCGUCAUCAUCGUCCAGGCCCUUGAGAAGCUUUGACUUAUAGUCACGGAAUUGGAGAUACUUCAACAGCCUUGACACCUUUCUCUGUGCAAAGUAAGGAAGAGGAUGUCCUCCACGGCGAUGACCCUUGAACCUCGGAGGGUGGCUCCCUCGCUGGCCUGAUGGAGCUGAUCGGAAAGGUGUGCUAUUAAGUCGUGUGGAAAUUAUCAAGCAAUUCAGAUAAGAAAUAUAUUUCGCCAAGUACAAAUGUUCAAUUUAAAAAUUCCUAAAUCCAAAGGGCAGCCUUUUCUGGCAGUACCGCUCUCUUCCUAUAGGGGCAACAGUGAGUCCGGAUGGCUGAAUGCUUGAUUUUUCAGUUGGACUGUCUUUUGAUGACUUUUUUUUCAAACAAGAAAACUUUUGCAUUUUUUUCCCAGACGUUUCUAAAAGUUAUGAAGACGUUUCCACGACACACCGUCAUUGUCAAUGUGUGUGUGAAACAGUGCGUUACCAUGGUGAUAAGCUGUGUAUGCACAAUGUCCUCCACCAGGGCUGCUGUCUCGUGCAGCGGCCUGCGAGCGUCUCCCAGGGCAAACCUAGCGUGCACGCACACACACACACACAAACACACAUUUGGGCAAACCUCUCAUUUGCAUAUAGAGAAAUUAGUUCCUGGACAACCCCGAAAAUUGAAAACCACAUCCCCAACAUUCAUUCUCAUCUUUCCCUGGCCCGCCUCCUCUGUGCCAUGACUGGCCAUCGGCAGCUGUCACUCACAAAGCCAAGAGGGGUUUAGUUUUGAGGUUGGGGGCUGGACGCUGAGGCUUGGGGUUCGGUUUUGGGGUUGACGUGGCUGCAGGCGUCUCUGACCGCCAACAACACACCAGGCUGACAUGGCUUCAAACAGUCUCUUCGGUGCCAGCAGCCACACACUCGACACAAAUGCCGUGACGAAGCAUCGACCCGCUCCCUCGCCAUCCAACCUCGACGUGGACGAAGCCGAAACGCGCUACCUCCACGAGCGCGCCGCAGCGCCCCCGAGAGGCCUGGUGGCCACCGACAGCCCCAAUUUCCUGUGCAGCAGCCUGCCGCAUCACUGGAGGUGCAACAAGACCUUGCCUCGGCCGUUCACUGUAGUUUGCCUGGACAAUGACGUCGCAGACGGCGUUCUGGUCACGCUGAUGGCGGGAAACGAUGACAACAGCAGCGCCGAGUUACGCAACGCCACCGCCACCGUGAGGCAGGGACACGCCCACUUCAAUGACCUGCGCUUCAUUGGCCGCAGCGGCAGAGGUAAGAGCUUCACCCUGUUCAUCAACGUGCUGACCACGCCCCCUCAGGUGGCCACGCUGCACAGGGCCAUCAAGGUGACGGUGGACGGCCCGCGCAUGCCCAGGCGCCAGCGUCAAAAAGAAGCGGAGUCAGCACUUUUCAGGUCGUCCAGCUGCGGCGUGAUCUCUUCAGAUUGCAGAUCCGCUUCCUCCUCCCUGUGGUCCGGCGAGCCGUCCCUGUUGGGCCAGAUGGCCGCCCUGACGUCUUCCUUCCCCGCGCCUCCCCGAAUGCACCCGCAUCACCACCAGCACCAUCGGCAGCGCCACGUCGCCCUGUCCUACGCCGCCCAGCCCGCCGCCUACGCCUCCUACCUCAGCUCGGCGCCCGCCCCUCCGCUCAGCCACAGCGGUCCCUUCUUCUACGCGCCCAACCAAGCCAUCGAGAGUGUGGGGGACGACGGCGGCGUGGCGGCGGCGGUGAGCGCUUAUAUCGAAGGGGCGUGUUUUACCCUCAGGGGGGAGGAGCCUGUGUGGAGACCUUAUUGAGAUGUGCUUGCCCAAUUAGCCAAUUCGAAAUGUCAUUUCUACAGUCCAGACCCGAAAGGUUCCACUAAACAUGUCCAGUUCUCGGGUAAUAGCACAAAUGGUUAUCAUAAUGAAAUGACAUAAAUGACAAGAGAGUAUCUAUAUAAACUCAACUUGCAUGUGAAUGCUGCAGAUGCUGAAGUUCGUCUUGGAAUGGAACAAUAAAGCGAGAGUAAACAUG